AUGUCGGGGCCCAUACCCUCAUAUAGCCAAGCAUGGCGACGAAUCGUCGCACAGACGAUGCGAUCAGUUUCCAGGGACAGUCCAGUCAGACCAUUUUCUACCGCAUCAUCCAGUCUGCGGAGACAGCCUCCAUCGGCCCAAUGCCUGCGGAUUCGACAAUUUUCCACCUCAGGUCCUCGAUUCAAGGCAGGUGGUGGUGACAAGCUGUACAGUCGCACAGGUCCAUUCUCAUUCAGAUCAGCGGCUCUCUUCGUUGGAACCGGUGCAAUCAUGAUUUUCUGUUUCCAGUAUGAGAAGGCUCGACUGGAGCGGAAACGGAUCGUUGAGAUGAGCAAGGGCUAUGGCAAACCCAAGGUUGGCGGUCCAUUCACGUUGAAAGAUGUGAAUGGCAACGAAGUCACCGAGAAGGAUCUCUUGGGGAAGUACAACUUGAUCUACUUCGGAUUUAGCCACUGCCCCGAUAUUUGUCCUGACGAGCUCGACAAGAUGGGUGAAGCAAUUGACAUCAUUCAACAGCGGGCACCCAACUCGUUACGUUCGAUAUUCAUCUCCUGCGACCCCAACCGCGACACACCCGAAGUUUUGAAAGCCUAUCUGAACGAAUUUCAUCCAUCGAUCAUGGGACUCGCAGGAACAUGGCUCCAGACCAAAGAGGUGUGCAAGCAAUAUCGAGUAUAUUUCUCCACACCACCCGAGCUCAAGCCUGGAGAGGAAGAUUAUCUGGUCGACCACAGCAUAUACUUUUACGUGAUGGAUCCCGAGGGUGAUUUUGUGGAAUGCAUCGGCAGACAAGAUACACCCGAGAGUGCUGCGGCCGUCGUACUUCAGCAUGUCCGGGAUUGGAAUAAGGAGGGCAAACCUCUCGAUACGACGCCUUUGCCAUAUCUCAGCACAUACAAACCACCGACAACCACGACAUGA